GAAAAAGUUUCACCUGCCCAGGUGGCUGACACAGGUGAAUCGGAGAACCUAAUCAGUUCGACGGUUCCUCUCUCGCGGUUUAUAAUAAACAACGCCUCUGAUUCGGUUCCAUUGUAUUUGUGCAACGAAAUCGUACACAAAAUUCGCUCUAUCGACGGACAAACGCCGGCAAAUGUGAUUUAUCACCGCAGGAAACGGGUUAUUUCUAUGCGAACAGGAUGACAACAAAUAGAUUUCACAAGGCAGCUAAAGACGGUUUAAUAGAAAUUCUUAAAGAAACUACCAAAAGAGAUUGCAACACCAGAGAUGAACAGGGAUUGACGCCGACUCUCUACGCCGCUUUCUAUGGAAAUUUGGACGUUUUAAGGCUAUUAUGCGGAAGAGGAGGCGAUCCAGAUAAGGCCGAUUUAUUCGGCAAUACGGCCCUGCACAUGGCCGCCGCCCAGGGGCACAAGCACAUCGUGACGUUCCUGGUGAAUUUCGGCGCCAACAUCUACGCCCUGGACAUCGACGGGCGCACACCCCAAGAACUGGCGGGCAUCAACAACCGAGAGGACAUCCUGAUGUUCCUGGACAGCGUGCACGCCAAGCUGGAGGCCACCGACAAGAGGAAAGCCAAAGCGCUGCAGGAAAAAGCCAAAGAGGAUUCCAAAAAACGCGUAAAAGAGUUCAACAAGCGCAAGCUGAAGCAGGACCAGUUGCGCGAGAAACAGGCGAAGAAACAGAACCAGCCAUCGAUGUUGUCCACCUUGCGGAAGAAAAUCGUCGGCGGUUCCAUGUCGAAUUUGCUGGCCGACGACCCGUACGAUAGAAGGCACACGUUCAGCUCGAUCGUGAGCGGGGGCACGGUCACCAGCAGGGGCACCACCAGCAGCGUGCACAGGAAAAUCCUCUCCAACAAGAACAACCGAUUGGGCCAGAUCGAGGACGAUUUCAAGGUCAGCGGCUUGGAGGACGGCAAACUGACCGUCAACUCGCUGAAGGGGAUCCGCCGGGACUCCGAGGUGAUGUACGGCGGCACCUUGGAGGCGGUGAACCUAAAAGAGCGCGGCCGAUUGGACGGCAUCUUCAACGAGGCCGAGUUCCACUCGCACGAACCGGCGCCUCCUGCUGGCAGAUUGUUGAGGUCCAAAUCGCAGCCGGAUUUCCUGCAAGAGAUGCGCAACAACGCCGAGAACAAAAUGCAGCAGGAGCGCAGCAGCAUAUUCGACAGGCCCGGCAUCGGAAGUAUAGUUAUUAGGAAGAGUAUAACUCAAAACACGUUCGGUAAGUUUAUGGGUAACCUCGAGGAGAGCUCUAUCGGAUCGGGGGAGAGUUAUGGACCGAGGCAUGUCACCGACGAUGAAUUAUCCGAUUCAGGUUCGAGCGAGGAUUGUAAUCCGAACGCGGCGCUGGAGCGGUUCCUGACCGCGUUCGGUUUGAGCGAGUACGUGCCGAAGUUCCUCGAGCACAAGAUAGAUUUGGACACGCUGAUGAUCCUGGAAGAGAGCGAUAUCGAUAAAUUGAAGCUGCCGAUUGGGCCCCAUAGGGUGCUCGUGAACGCGGUGCAAGAGAGAAGGGCGGCGCUGGAGAACCCCGGCGAAGUGAACGAUACGAUGUUGUAA